AUGUCAAUUUACAAUGUCCAACAAAAAUAUUUAGAAGUAAUAACAAAUGCGGUAGAUAAAUGGUGUAAUCACGAUUUGAAUGGUAUUGUUAUCAAACCAGAUGAUGAUUAUAUGAUUAAUUUAGUUUCACCAAAUGAUAAAGAUGUAGAAGCGUCAAUAAAAUGUGAUUGUGGAACACGUAUAUUAAUUCCAUUACGUGCAGAUUCAUCAACGUUCCAUUUAUCCAGUUAUUAUCGUCAUUUAAAUACAGGCCGUUGUAGAAUGAUACGUAAUAAACAAAAACAAAAUAAUGUA